CUUCUUCACCCCCUUCCCACUGAGAUAAAUGUCGAUUCAGGCCCAGUAGGACAGUACACGAUUCAUCCUCAGUCCACCAACAUACGAAUUACUACUAAAAAUCCACAAUGCGCGUCACAGCAAAUGUCUCCCUCCUCGCUCUCUUCGCCCUGGUUUCCUCCACAGCGGCUAAAAUGACAACGGUCGGUCUGGAAACAGGAGAGGAGAGCCACGCGGUUGUCGUCCCGCUGGAUGACUGCCACGAUAUCGGCAAGGAGGAAGUCCACACAUUGCAUAUUACGAAGAAGUGUCGCGUUUUCACAGGCCAAAUGUGCACAGGGAUAACUGUCGUCCUCGAGCCAGGCACGCACACGAGCAAGAAGGAGCCCGUUCACGUUGGGAGCGUCAUCUGCGAGGAACCGGAUUUGUUCUAAACUGCAUACAGUAUACUUGGUUUGAGUUGUGGUGAGAGAUGGAGGGGAGGGUUGUAUCUUAUUCAUCGGAUGCUCCUGUCGCCCUGCCAGCCUUUAUUGGCAUGUUAUCGCUUUUCACUGCCGCUGCUGCUGUCGCUGUAACUGUUGGGUGUUGUUUAUUAGAAAUUGUAGAACAGGCUUUGAAUAUAGACGUGAUGGAUUUUGAUUGUUCGAGGUGAUAUAUAUUUCAACCUCUGUUCUUACUAAAGAUGAACUGCAUCUGUUUUAAUGGCAGUUUUGCCGGAAUAGUGACGAGAACCAUAAUGCGAGAAUCGUUUGUCACUGGAUGAAGACUGCUCGGGAUGAAUACACC